GGUGCAGGAGUCAGGUGUCGCUUUGUUUACCUCCUCCACCGCUCCGCUGUGGGUUCAGACGGAGUUGUUACGUGAAGUCAGACACACCUGUUAAAUCCCCGGGUUGAAAACAUCGUUUCAAUGCGCACAGGUGAAUUAUUCUCACCGAAUUCUUUGUUUUUGGUGACCACCGGCUCAAUGUACCGGGAUAAAGUGUUGUUCCGUGUCUAGACUUCUGAGUUUGUCUUGGACAAAAGCUCUCAGCUCGGUGUUUCUGCGGAUUUUGUUUCCUCAACAAAGCGGCACGAUGAGAGACGUCCAGGUGAAUAAUGAGACGUGCAGAAAUGGGUCUGUGAUCAUGUUGUCGUGUGGCUCUCAGUCUGCUGUGUGUUUGGUCAUCGGCAAUCAAGCGCCGUUCUACACACACCUGGAUAACAUCACUCAGCCAACAGCCCUGAAGACAAACAGCACCUACAACCUGUGGCUGGGCCUGACUCUGGCUCUGAUGUCCGCCUUCCUGAUUGGUGGAAGCGUCAUUCUAAAGAAGAAAGCUCUCCUCCGAUUGGCCAGCACGGGUCGCACCAGAGCAGGUGACGGAGGCCACGGCUACCUAAAGGACUUGCUAUGGUGGGGAGGCUUGUUAACCAUGGGAGCUGGAGAAGCCUGUAACUUUGCUGCCUACAUGUUCGCUCCGGCCACGUUGGUGACUCCGCUGGGCGCUCUGAGUGUCCUCAUCAGUGCAGUCUUGUCUUCCUACCUGUUGGGGGAGGUGUUGAACGUGGUCGGGAAGUUCGGCUGUCUGCUGUGUGUGCUGGGAAGCAUAUUAUUGGUUAUCCACGCCCCACAGGAGCAGGAAGUGACGUCACUACAGGAAAUGAGCAAAAAGUUGCUGGAGCCUGGUUUCCUGGUCUACAUGUCGGCGGUGUUGCUGCUGUGUGCAGUGCUCUGUCUUUAUUUCUCUCCUCGGGUCGGUCGCUCUAACAUCCUCGUCUACAUCAGCAUCUGCUCGUUGCUCGGAGCCUUCACAGUCUCUUCCGUGAAGGGUCUCGCCAUCGCCAUUAACACCGCGUUUUAUGAUAUAUCAGUCCUUGCUAGUCCUCUCACCUGGAUCCUGCUGUUCACUCUCAUCAUCUCAAUAGUAAUACAGGUGAACUACCUGAAUAAGUCUCUGGACACCUUCAACACGCUGAUGGUCUAUCCCAUCUACUACGUCCUCUUCACCUCUGUGGUUCUGUCCACCUCCAUCAUCCUCUUCCAGGAGUGGAGGAGCAUGGUGGCCGUGGACGUGGUCACAACACUGGGAGCCUUCCUGGUCAUUGUGGUGGGCGUGGCCAUGCUCCACAUGUUCAAAGAGAUCCAGGUAACGAUGAGGGAGCUGACCAAUCAGCUGUCUCAGCCGGUGGAGAGGGAGGGGCUCGCAGAGGAGAUUUCAGCCAGUGAACAAAUAGAAAAUGAUGUAGGAAGGAGGAAUAAAAAAGAGGAUAAAUACGGACUGAUGGACAACAUGGUGAUAGAGAGUCUUCCUCCUAUGAGAGAGGAGGGCCCGAGAGUCUUCAUCAUCAGCUGAAAGAGCCAGAUGAAGACAUAGGUUUGUGUUUCCUGUCUGGACUUUGGAGUUCAGAUUCACUGUGAUAUUUUAAGUUUUGUGCACUUUCUUAAAGGUCCUUUAGUUUGACGGUUAGCCAGUUCAUCCUCCUCCUUUAAUAUUUCACACAAAACAAACCUAAAUGUACUGUGCAGGUCCUGGACAGAAAUCUGAGAGAAUCUCUGACCCCAUAUAACAAAAAGAAAAACUUAACAUCUACAAAGAAACAAUAAAUGACUACAAAGAGACGCAAAAUUACUACACAGAGAUUUAAAAUGGUUACAGACAACUACACCAAAUGAUAUACAGAGAUACCAAAUGAUUAUGAAGAGAAUGAAAAUGAGUACAGAGACAAAAAAAUAUUACAAAGAAACACUAAAUGACUACAAUGAUGUAAGACUUUUGGCAUGAAUGAAAGUAUAUUAAAUUACGUCUGGAUGUUAUCCAGAUCUGAGACAUUAGAAGUCUCAAGUGUAAAUGAGGCCACUGUCCAUUAUCAUUUCUGCUACACCUUCAGAUUCUUUUUACGUCCCCUCUUGGAUGUGGUGAGAGGUAAGAAAAUGUUUUAUGUUAUGUUAUAUAAACUUUAAUAACCAGCUUUCUUUUUUGAAAGAGUGCUUUAAAUUGUAACUCUGAUGUUGUUCAAGUCUUCUUAUUGUCAACAAAUCUCAUGAAAAACCAAAACCAGCAAUGUCUCCCAAUACUUUACAGAGUACACCACUCUGUCUAAAAAUAAAGCUGUUAAUCACAUCUGAUAACGUGUGAAAAGUUGACAGUAUGCCACCUGAAACCCUGUUCUGACUGGAAUCAGUUCUGAAUAAAUAAUAAGCGGUAGUAUGUUUUUUAGGUCACACACAUACAGACCGGACAGUUGUGUAACUUGAGAAUAGAGACUUCAGCUCUGUGGUUAAGUUUUACUCAAGUCGAUGACAACACUUGUUCAAUCUGUCAGACUAAUUUCAUCAUCCCGUCUCUGUUUUUCAAUAAAUCAGCGGUAGAUGCCUAAAAAUCCACGUUGACGAGUGGCUAGCUACCAACAGCCUUUUCAUAGUGCAAUAGUACACAGCUCUAAAGAAGGUGCUGCUUUUAAACAUCAUCGUCUCAAGGCAGAUGUGUCAUCAGUUAAAGACGGGGAAAGCCUGAUGUAAUGGAGAUGUAAAUGUCUGUUGUGCUGGGCUGAAACCAACAGUUAUGGUCUGUAGUUUUCGAUUAAUUAUUAGUUUUAGUAGACUCGUAUCUGUGGUUUGGAGACUUCUGGUUCUUAGCUAAUUUAGCCUGGCUAGCUAAAGUAGCUUUCAUGAAAGCUGGACAUGAUUAUGAGAUUAUUUUCUCUUCUGUGGCAAGAAACACGACACACACGUACUGUGGAUAACUUGAUUUUGAUAUUUUUAUGGAUUUGUUGACGGUAUAGAAAACACAGAGAAAUACAAAACUACUAUCAAAAAAACAUCUUUCCAUUGCACUUUGUUCACUUUGUUAAUCAUCAUUUCAAGGCCUAUAUAUACGUUUCACAUAUGAUUUUAUAUAAUUUGAAUUAUCGAUAAUCUUAUUUCUGACAUCACUGUAAAAAUUUUAAUUAUUUCCAUAGUAUGUUGAAUGUUUUCUUUACAACUGAGUGUUGUAUUAACCUAUUGCAUUUCUUUACGUUCUAUGUUUUUUGAUGUAUUUAUUUUAGUUUUAUGUUUUCUCAACAGUGAAUAAGAAAGGUAUUUUUAUUUGUUACUCUUGGGGAUUACUAUCGUCAAACUAGAGGUUCUAAAGUCAAGGAGGCAAAUAAGUUUUUAUUUGAAAGAUAAAAAGACAUAUCAGGGAUACAACCUUGUUUUUAAGACGAUGUGACUCUGGUUUGCUGCUCUCUGUGGUGGCAGGAAAUUAACGCAGAAGGACACAGCCUCCUGCUGUUAACUGCAUUUUUAUUUUAUUAUUUUUUUAAAUCCUCAUAUUUCCACAGUUACUGUUCUCGUCUCUGCAGAUGACUAUAGUUUAUGACGCAGAUGGACACAAACUGUUUCUGUGAUACAUACUGACCAUCAUUCAGUGUUUACGAUAACUAAUUUCCCUAGUCUCAAUGGUUGUGAGUCAAACAGUAUAAAUACGCUGUUCACAUAACUAAGUAAGCUACCAGGAGUGUUUGCAUGUAUUUGAUGAUUGGGUCCCUGCAGUGCUUUGCUUGAUGACAUCAUGUUGUUGUCUGGCAAAAGUUGAGCUAUACUUAACUUUUUUACUAGAUGACCCUAUAUUGUCGACUACAGAGAGAAUUAAAAUGAUUAAAAUGACCAAAAAGAGUUAUAAACGGCUGUAAAAAGACACUAACAACUGUAAAGAAACACUAACGACUGUAAAGAGACACUAACAACUGUAAUGAAACACUAACGACUGUAAAAAGACACUAACAACUGUAAAGAAACACUAACGACUGUAAAGAAACACUAACGACUGUAAAGAUACACAAAACAUCUAUACAGAAACGACCACAAAGAGAUGCAAACACACGUGACUACAAAGAGACAAUAUGACCACAAAUGGAUACAAAACAACCACAAUGAGACACAAACGACUACAAAGAUGCACAAAAUUACCGUAUGAAGAUG